UAAACAUUAUCUUUUAUAUUCAUGAGAAUAGUGCCAUAAUAAUUAAUUAAUAAAAUAUUCACUUACAAGUUGAACUAGUUAAUAUAAAUUACUAAAAAAAUAAUAAUAUAUCCUUGGUCUCACUUAAAUGUCAUUUAGAUAAUCAAAACAGAAGAAAUAACAUAUAAUAAUUAGGAAAAUGUGAACUAAAUCAAAUGAUUAAUAGAAAGGGCAGUUCAUUUUUUAAAAUGAAAACUAAUAUUUAAUAAACAUUUAUAACAAAUAAAAUUAUAUUACAUUGCAAAUAUAUACACAAAAAUAAUUAAGUUUUUAUGCUUCCUCAUCAUCGUCAAAUAAAUGGCCCAGUUUCACAGAAGAAACAGGUAAAUCAGACUGCAACACUGGUUUAAAAGUUACACUUUUCUUAACUUUUUGACCAACCACAUAUUCAGGCAUGACUCUUUUUCCAUUAACAAACGUAGAAGUUUCUUUUUCUUUGGAGGCUAAUUUCUCACCAUCUGAUUUAAUAUGUCUGUUAAAUAAUAUAGGGUCCUUUAAGUCACCUUUUUCGACAUCCAUAGGUUCCUUUCUUUCCUUCAUUUCCUUUAAGAAAGACAUGGCAGCAGCAGUAUUUGAUUUAUCAGUCAUAACAUCACCAGCCAUCUUAUAUUUUUUCCAUUUGUGAGGAUUUUUAACAAAAUCGGGAAUAGCAAUUUUGAAAGACCUUUUUUUGGGCAUCUCUGGCUUCUUGAAGAUACUUUCUUGCCCCCUGAACUGUUUUAGGUCUUUUUUAUUGGCAUCAAUAACUGUUUUAGAUUCAGAUUUCUUGAAUUCAUCUUCAGAAUACCUUACGAUACUCUUUGCAGGGGUAUGUUUGUCUAGAACGUCAAAAAUUGAUUUUUGUCUAUCGUUAAACGCAACGUUGCCUUUGAGAGCAAAUGUGUUUUGUUGGUCCAACAUAUCUUUAGUGUUUGAUAUAAUAGAUGAAUAUUAACUGUCAAACAAUUAGGAAGUAUUUACGUAUUAUCCACAAACUUGACACAUGAAAAGAUGUAAACAAACAAUUCCUCUAUUGAAGUAUAACCUUCUAUUGAAUUAACAAGGUGUUAAAAAUCUCUAAAAUAACCAAAGCUUAUCUAUAAAAGUAAUUGAGUUUGAUUAUUCUAUUAAAAUUAAUUAUUCCGAAUAGUGCUAUCCGCUAUUAUACGCUGUUAUUUCCAGCUGCAAAAAGUACCUGAAAAAAAAUUUUAAAGGCAUUAUUAUUCAAUGGCUGCCUUAUGUAGACGCAUUAAGUGUUGUAAACUACAGUUUGUUUUGGUUGUCAUUUAAACAUUUAUUUUUUUGCUGGUUAUUAAACAUAUCAAGUAGAAUGGGACCUUCUGAAAAUGGUAUCAGGAGGAUGCCGAAAAGGAUAUCACUGAACAAAAUGGAUGUAGAUAAUUCUGAAGAAAAACCCGCGUGCAGCAGGCGGAGAGAACGAUUAGUACACUACUAUGGCACUAUUAAAGGAGAAGAAGUGGGGAAAGUCUACAGAAACAGAGAAAAGCUGAAAGUGAUUCAUCAUCCUGACAAAAGUUGGAUUCAUCUUGGACCCGAAGGACCAUAUUCCAUAGUACUUCAAGGGAAUAAAAGGUUCUUAGAUGAAGGAUCUCUAGUAAUAAUUUUCACCAAAUCCCCAUUUGGCAGUGGAGAUUCUGAUAAGAAUACUACAUGCAACACAAUAUUAGGAAAUUUGAAAAAGGCUGUAAAGGGUCGACUUCCAAUCCGUGUUGUACGACUUAUUAAAUCAGAUCGUGACAGAAAAACUGUAUUUCGAUAUGAUGGUUUAUAUAUUAUGAAGAAAAAGCUAGUCCUUCAUGAAAAAUUACAUUUUUUGCUGACACGAAUUAAAAAGCAGCCAAAAGUGUUGUUUAACUUUAAAAGAGGUUGUGGAAAAAUAAGACGAUUACUAGCUCUAAAGAAAUUGAAGAAAACAAAAUGGAUAAAAAAAGAACCAGAAUUAAAAAAAGAAGUUACUUCAAACUCAGAUAGUGAAAGAGAUUCUACUACCCAUACAGUCGAAGAAAUAUGCUGGGAUCAAUUAAAAGAAGAAUAUACUGCUCUUCGAGAAGAAAGUAGUUAUGACUACGAUGAUGGAUAUGAAGUUUGGCAGAGGAGUUCAUUCCCUUCAUUUGUCAAACAAGAUUCAAAUGAACAAUUAGAAGAAUCCACUUAUAUCACUUAUGAUGAACACGUUGACAAAAUUGAAACGUACUACGAAGAACUAGAUGACACGGUUGAUGAUUUGAAUGAUGAAGAAGAUCGAGAACAUUUUUCAAAAGAAGAUGUAAUAAUUGAAAGCAUCCCCCUCCUCAAGUGUGAGAAUGGAGAAAGUAGCAAUAAUAGUGUCAGAACAAUAUUAGCUAUUGUUCCAGAGAGUGGAGCUUCAGAAUAUGUGGAAGAAAGCCGUGAUACAGAUUGUGAUCCUCUUUGUGAUCCUUUGGCUGGUUUUAGUGAUGAAUCUAAAGCAUCACAUUGUAGUGAUGAAAUGAAAAAUUCUUCCCAGGAAGUCAAAGCUUGUUACGAUGAAAAAAAAUCUGAUCAGCUUUAUCUUGCACAGUGCGCAAAUAUUGAUGGUUCUGAGAAGAAUCAGUAUUUGCCUAAUUUGCCCCACCCUUGUUUAUAUAACCUCACAAUAGGACACCUUAUCAAUCUCUUAGGUAACAGGUCUAAUAAUGAAAUCUGCCCCUGCAAUACCCAGAAAUGUGCUUCACAAAGAAACUUUGAAGUUGCUCUCAGAGGUCUCAUAGAAGAAGGGGGUAAAAAAAGUUGUAAUGCUAAGUGCCUAAAAGGCAUUGAAGAUGAUGAUACUAAACAGCUAGAAAGUACUGAGUUGAAUUAUUUUUCUUCUAUAAAUAAUGUUUUCAAUCAGUUGAAUGCAAUCAUUUGCAAUAAGACAACAAUCAGUGAAACACGAACACCUUUAAUUGGAAAGAGACAUCAUAUAAUGACCACUAGGAUACUUAAAAAAGACAGAACUAAUACUAAAAACUAUUAUGCUAAAAAAGUUGUUAGUAUUGAAAAAUCAUUAGUACCUAAAAAUGUUAAAGAAUCUUUAGAACCUCUUAGUGAUGAAGAAUCUUUAUUAAAUUCCAGUGGUAAAGAUUCUGCAGUAGCUUCAAGUGAUAAAGAAUCUUUGACCCCUUCAGAGGUUUCUUCAUGUACAGCUGCAGCUUAUGGGUUCACUUCACCAAUACCAGAGGAUACUGCAAUUCGACUUCCAUUGGAAAACUUCCAGAACCUGGAAAAACCAUCGCAGGAACAAGAACCCAAUGAUAACCAUAAUAAGCGACGAAAGGGUAGGCAGAAAGGGUCUAAGAAUUUCUCAAGAGAAGCUGCUCAGCUUGGGCCUGUGAUACCUACCGAGGAACCUAAACCUAUUCCGAGAAGACUCAGGGAUAAAAAAUUAAGUUAUAGAGGAGCAACUUUUUAUUUAUCCCCUCGCAAUACUAGUAGUAGAUCUGCUUCUCGUAGGAGGGUUCAAGAAGAAGAAGAAGAUGAAUUUCUUGGGUUUGUAGGACCUAUCAGACCUUCCAAGAAGCUAAAGUUGGUUAGGUCUUUUCUUACGAGGUUACAAUCAGUCAGAUCAGAACAGUCUACGUCAUCAUGAUAAAUUUUUAAAUAAUUUAUUUAUUUAUAGUUAUGUAAAUAUCCCAUGUUUUAUUUUAAUGAAUGUAAAUUUUAUUUAUUAUUCCUUUUUAUGUACUUUUUUAUUUAUUGACAAAUGUUACUUUAUAAUUUGCAUUAGAAUGUACUUUAAAUAUAUUUUACCUCAAUCUAUUUACACUGGACAUUCUUAUUUGUUUGUUGUAGUUUAUAUUUGUUAUGAAUUAAACUUAGUUUAUUUAUUUUAGUGUAUAUAGGGAGUACAUUUAUUUAAUAUUGACCCUAAUUAAAUUUUUUUUUUUAACUUGUAAAAGGUGUUAUUUCUGUGGUGUGUACAAUAUUUUCUUCUGAUCUGAAGUGUCUAGUGUAAGUGAAAGACCUUAUAAUUGAAGAUUUAGUUCAAAAUUUGAGCUUGUGAUAUUGUUUUUAUUGUAAUCUUUUUAAUGUUGGUUAGAAGUAUUUACUGGUUAUCAUAGUUACCUUUUCCCAAUAGACAUUUCUUUUUUUUUUUUUCUUUUUAAUAUUUUUAUAUUUUAUAAAUAUAAAAGACUGAGGAGAAAUCCUGUUUAUCUUUAUAAAUGUAAAUAUUAAGUAUCAUUUUUUUGAUACAUAAUCCUCCAUUUUAAUAAAUAAAUAAAAAUACUUGAUUUUCGUAACAG